GACAAUGAUCAUGGUCUUGAAAAUAAGUGCGCACUAAUUCACCAGGAGAAUCUCUGUGUUGACCUUCUGAUCGAAAUAUAGAGAAAGGAGAUCUAGAUCACCAGAGAUGAAAAUUGGAUGAUGGUGGAAAAGUCAUGGGAUGACAGCGCUAGUGCAAAUGCUCUUGGAUCACGACGGCGCUUUUGGUUUUGGUUCAUUCCGUUCGGUGGAUUGUAGUGUGUGUAAUUUCCUUCAUCUAGCCCCUUACAUUGAUGAAAAUAUGGCGCGAAGGAGUUUGCAAGUAGAAGUUGCAAGUUCUUUUGAUAGCAUUAGCAGUUGCCCCGACGAGAGAGUUGGAGGCAAAAUAAUAUAGACGCGAUUGCUUCGUCGAUGAGAAAGAAAAGAAACCUCCCUUCUUGGAAUAGACCCUGUACAACAUCACCAGCUGCGAGACAUCAAGAUAGCUUUAUCUUCAUGUAGUUUCAUCUUGAUGAAAGGUCGUGCACAGUAUCGUGAAUGCGACAAGUUUUUCAGAUCUGUAGAUCAGUACAAUCGACGGACAGACAUUCUUGCUACGAGUUGUUGUACCCCUAAUUGAGUAUUGCAGCUACUUGAUCUCCCAUUUCGACCACCACGCAACAACACUUCUCGUCUCUCCUGUCUUUUUUUCUCAUCAUCUUUCCUCUUCGUUAGAAGUAAUCUGUAAUAUUACUUUACAAAAAAAAACAAUGGUGAAGAAGGCCGUAAAGAAGGAACAGCGCAAGCUGGCCAUCGAACUGGCAAAGAAGCGACGGAACACCAAGCCGGCUUGCGGCAAGCAGGAGGAUAACAGUUUCAAACAUGUGAAAGACAAAAUCAUGCGAUCCGAACUGCACGACAAGGACAAAAGGGCGAAAAAGCUGAAAAAACAAAAAAUCAGAAAAGGCAGGAAGGAGGCGGAGGAAAAUGGCGAGGAUCCAGAGGUAUUUUCAGAUAUUAUAUAGUAACAGCAGCCUCAGUUACAGUUUGUACUAUUCCUGCUUACAACCCUCCUGCUUCAGAAUCGAUUUUUUGAAAGAAACUGAAUCGUAAAUCUCUGUAUCGAGGAUUAUCAUUAUCUGCGUCUCAUCAAAAUGAAUUAUCAGGCCCUCGGUUUUCCGAAAAAGGGCGCGGGCGCUGUCACCGUGGAUAUGAUGCGGGAGGAGAACGAAACGAUUAUCGACCAAACCACCGCUCUGGACGAAGAGAUCGCAAAUGACGAGGAAAACGACGAAUUUUCGCCCCAUUUCAACUUCGAAACGGAGCCGAAGAUCAUGCUGACCACGAACCUGAAGCCGAGCACAAAAAUGUUCGACUUUUUAAAGGAGCUUGUCGAGGUCAUUCCGAAUACGAAGUACUACAAGCGGAAGGGCUUAUCGUUGAAGCAAAUCAUCGAGUACGCGAAGAAACGGGACUUCACCAUGCUCAUGGUGGUCACCGAGAACAAGAAAAAGGUGAACGGCAUGUACAUCUGCAACCUGCCGGAGGGCCCCACCGCGUUCUUCAAAUUGACAAAACUCAAACUCGGCCAGGAAAUGCGCAGAAAUCAGUUAUCAAAUGCAAAAGUGUCUGGGUCUGGAAGAGUGCAAGUUUGUCAUGCUUGUCUGGCAUGACUCAAGAAUCUGUGUUGCAUAGGCACGAAAGAGCCCUCUUAACUGUGACGCGAAAAGGCAGUUUGCCAUGCGGAAUACGUAAGACAUGGCAGCCACAAAAUUUGUCAUGCAUAGCUGCGUACUGCGGCGCGUCUAUCAUUCUCUUUUAGCAUUACAAGUUUCCAGACCCAGACAUUUUUGCAGUUGAUAUCAGUCGACGUACUGCAAUUCCGACGCGAAUCCGGAGCUGCUGUUGAACAACUUUUCCACCCGCUUAGGCCGCAGAGUCGCGCGCCAGCUCGCCACGGCGUUUCCGCAGAAGCCGGACUUCAACGGGAGAAGGUCGGUCACCUUCCACAACCAGCGGGACUUCAUCUUUUUCCGGCACUACCGGUACGAAUUUAAGGGGUCGAAGAGGACCGGGGCAAAACAGAAGAAAAAGAAGGACAGCGACAGUGAGGACGAGGAAGGUUCUGACGACGAUAUGGACGAGGACGAGGACAUUAUCAAAAGAAAAAAUUCCCCUUCCCCAUACUCAAAAGGUAUAUUUUUGGAAAUUUGUGAUGCUGAUUUGUGAUCACAAAUCGCGUCUGUCUUGCAAGAAGGCAACUCCGCAGGCUCCGCCGCAUUAUGCGGGCGGUUUGUCAUGCUGCUGGGCCUACAGCACGGACGUUUUUCAUGCUAAGCGCCUAGGCCAAAACCUCUCUACUCACGCUUGGUAUGGGCCUGCAGUGCUCUCCAGCAAGACAGGUCGGAUCUGUGUACACAAAUCCAGCAUCAGAAGUUUUGUUUUGAUAUGGGGCGGGAGGGGGGAUCUUUCCUUUCGAUAGACAUGAAUGAUUCCGAAGAUUCCGACCUGGAUGACGCGGCAGCCCUGCGGAAGAAAGCGCUAGAGAAGAGAAAGAAGAAAAGCAAGAAGGUAUCCUGUUUAAAAACGACGUCCCCACCUUUGCAUAGUUACUUACUCAGGAUGGGAAAUCUGCUACGCGAAAUCAACAAACUUUGGUUGUAUGUUGCGCAUGACAAGCUGGUUCUCGUAGUGCAAUCCUUUUGAGCUAGUUCAGCAAUUGCCGCUGAACUAGCUCAAAAGGAGCGCGCCGCGAUGCUGGGCAUCACAGAUCUAGCAUACCAUGGUGAUAAUUGGAGCAUGACACAUUCCAAAGCACAACUGUAGAAAAUGCUUUUCAUGGGGCGGAUCCGCAUGAGAAACAUUCUCAGCAUGCAGAUUUACAUUACAACUUCUAUGUGGUGGGGUCGUUUUUACAUACGAUAAAACGCGGGUGAAGCGAAUUCAGAAGAUGAAGACGGGUAUGUAAACGACAGCGGGGAGAAACUUGUCCGCGCGGGCCUAAAAGAGAUCGGACCCCGGUUUACGCUGAAGCUCCGGUACCUACAGAACGGGACUUUCGACUCAAAAAACGGAGAAUACGAGUACCAGUGGCGACCCGACUCGCAAGUCAGCCGGAAGAAAAUGUUCUUGUAAGGAGCAGGAUAGGUCGUGGAGAAGCACCACGAUCGGUGAUCAUUUUGGUCCCGAGAAUUGCAGCUUGGUGGUGAGUGGAAACACAUUUGUUGAUGAGGCGGAGCGUGUUGGACUUCUAAAUGCUGCAAGGGAACCACGGGAACAUCAGUCUAAGUACUUCUUCCGACACCUAUUCAGGCUGCUGGUGGUGCAGCGGGUUACGAAAUUCAGCGUUAUAGAAAUUUCGACGGAUAGUUACUUACAACAAUCGUUAAGUGCAUAAGUCGCUUUCUUCAAAUAACCUCAUCUCUGUCAAGAAACUCAUUCGAU